UUCUUAAAUAUAUUGCUUUAACAAAACAAAAAAAAAAAACAUAAAAAAAAUUUAUCUAUUAAAAAAAUAUUUCAAAAUACUAAAAUAAAAUAAAAAAUAGUAUAAUUAAACCAAAAUAAUAUUAAAUAAAAUGCGCAUUGCAUUCGGCAACAGUUUCGGUUACUUUACUUUGCUGCUGGUCAAUUGUUUGUUGUUGUGCAGCAGCGAGGCGCAGCGCACCGUCGGCGCACGCGGCGUAUUACGUAGAAACUAUACGGGCAAAAAGCCAGUUGUCAUACAACAUCGCUCACAGGAUGCCGUCAAUUAUUAUGAUCAUGAAAAUGGCGCCAAAAUCAUAAAAUCAUCACAUUUCGAAUUGGAUUACACGCUGGGAAGAAAAAUCACAUUUUUCUGCAUGGCGCAGGGUAAUCCACGCCCCACAAUCACUUGGUUUAAAGAUGGCGCCGAAUUGUAUCAGCAUCGAUUUUUUCAGGUCCAUGAAUCGCACAUUGAUGCAGAUAUAAUAAAAUCGAAAAUGGAAAUCGAUCCGACCACACAAAUGGAUGCAGGCUACUACGAAUGUCAAGCGGACAAUAUUUACGCCAUCGAUAGACGUGGAUUUCGCACCGAUUACGUUAUGAUUAAUUUUUAGUAAAUUAUACUUCUAAAAUACAAACUUUUGUGUAAAACGAAUUUUUCUAGAAAAUGUAUACGAUAUAAAUAUAUAUGGAUAACCUACAAUAAUAAAAACAAAAACAAAUAAAUAAAUAAUUACUAACAGACAAUUUUCAUAUAUA